CUAUCCAUUUAUGUUUAUUUUAGGGUUAGGGCUAGCGCUAAUUCUGUACCGCAGUCGUGCAUCGUUCUUGAUCAAAGACCCGGCGUUCCUUUCAAUAUGACCCUAAUGGAAUUUUUCGGCUGUACUCUGAUUGCCUUCGGACCAGCACUAUCUAUGUUCGCCAUCACAGUGGCAAGAGAUCCAAUCCGAAUCAUCAUACUCAUAACUGCGGCGUUUUUCUGGCUACUCGCGCUUCUACUAUCAUCAAUACUCUGGUUCGCUGCGGUUCCACUACGAAAGGAGUUAGCGUUUGGAGUCGUGUUCUCGGUGUUCUUCCAAGAGGCAUUUCGGUACCUCUUCUACAAGAUACUACGGAAAGCCGAGGUGGGGCUAAAGAAAGUGACGGAAGUGGGAGCGGACGGAGCGUCUGUGUCCACCUCUCGGACCACAUUAUCCUAUGUGGCGGGACUUGGGUUCGGAAUCAUGAGCGGCGUGUUCUCGUUGCUCAACGUGUUGGCCGACGCCACCGGGCCGGGCACCGUAGGACUCCAUGGCGGCUCUCCAUACUUCUUUGUCACAUCAGCCCUGACCACGCAGGCCUUCGUGCUGCUGCACACGUUCUGGGGGGUGGUGUCCUUCCAUGCGCUGGACCACGGACGGUGGCCUCUGGUCGGAUUCGUGCUGGCCUGCCACCUCACCGCAUCGACCCUGACGCUGCUGAACCCAAAGGGCCUGUACGUGGCCUCCCUGGUACCCAUCUACCUGCUGCUCGCGAUCUCCGGAGCUCUGGCGUUCCACGCCGCCGGAGGCCGCGGUCAUUCACUCUGGGCCUUCCUCCGCUGCAGUCGGCGAAAGGACUCCGCAACCGUGCCUUCGGACUCUUGAUUGCGCACGCCGAAGUUCUCUAGUCUCCGAAUGCUUUGAACGUUCCUCUUGGACCAUUCCAGGCAGGCGCUCCGUUGCAACCUCGUCCCGGCGGUUUUUGAAGUGUCCCGUCAACGCUACAUAAGGGCGGUCUCGUCUCUGGCUGCGUUCGUCGGACGGAUUUAAAUGCGGGGCCUGCAUUUUACGAGUUUCGCAGAAAGACAAUACACUUUGUCCAUAGGCGUUUCAUAGCUAAGGGUGCGAUUUUGGGGGUGACGAUUCCGGCGACAGAGGAUGUUGCCGUUGCUUUUCAGUUAAAGGACUUCAAAUUGCACGCAUGGUAAGCAACAACUAGGUAUGUGUGCCACAUUUGGUUACGCCUGUGAUGACGGUACUUGCUGCCGUUAUUACUGUUUGCUGCAUAGUUGAACGAGGGCCGGUCAUUUAGAGGCAUGAUGGCUGACUAGAGCUGACCUAUCACUGAACACAACUCCCUCCAAUUAUUGGGCAUUGAUUGCUUUGCUUCUCGCAGUCAGUGGGGCUUCGAGAAUUACCACACUACACCGCAACGGAUUUUUUUUUUACUUGAUUUUUCAAGAGGACAUUUGACUCAUAAUUAUUUAAUAUGUAUAUAUGUACAUGCAUAAAGUUUGACUAUGAAAGUAUCUGUUUUAUUGUGCAAAAAGAUGUCUCAUUUUCAUAUUUUUUUAAAAGACUAAGCUGUAAUACAUAAAUUUUGAGGAUUUUAGCGUAGUAAUGAGAUUUUCAAUCAAAAAGGAAGUAGCGGAAUGCCGCGAAAGCGGAGAAAAACAAGGCCAGAGAGCCUGUUGAGAGUGUUUCGCUAGAAUGAACUUAAGAAUUUACUACGCUAGGAUGCCUUUCCUGUUUUCCGAGUAAUUGAUGCCUUCUUUCAUCCCUGGCGAAUCUGAAAACGAGGCAAAACCAGUUAUCUGCGCUCUUUAGUGCCGUAAAUAGCUUCCCGUUUCCGCUCAGCUGCAUACCAACGAAAGAUUACGGUGACGUCAAACUAUUGCCCAUAUUUGGCUUCGCCUCGACAAUGCAAAACAAGUUUUUGAAACGUACGGCUGAUAGAUAGCGCGCGAGAAGCGCGCAUAAACUGAGCAACUAGCUGCGUUGUGCGACCUUCCCGAAAAAAUCGCACUAUAGAUGUCCGCAACGGUUUUGGUGGCGCUGUUAACGCUACUGUGAUAAGCAUUGCCGAUUAUUCUUUGAACGUCUAUGAAAAUCAUUUCACGCGAGUAGCUUUUUUGCUUCAUACUUUAACUUACGCUUUACGUCUUUAUGCCACGCUUGCCUUUCAUUAAAUUGCUUUCGCAUUUAGUUCUUAGUUAAAAAAAAAAAAAAGCGGUUUGCACCGCGCUAGCGACUGCAGCGCCGUUUGCGCGUAUGCGUGUUGUAUUUUUUUAUAUUUUUUUUACACUGGCCCCGCCCUCCAAGCGCAUCGUUGGAUCCGCUCCCCGCUCCCGAUUGGCCGCGCCGUCGCAAACAGGAAGCCGACGACACGCUCUUUUCCGAGAAGCCCUCCGUCGCCUCCGUCACGACGAAAACAACCCCACGUGUUCGAGUGGCGUCACUCCCGUCCAAUCGGGGCGUGCGUUCCUGACGUCAGGCGGACGUGACGUCGAGCAGUGCUUUCCAGUGAGUCACCAUUUUAUAAAGGCGGCCCUGGGUGUUUUCGCGUGACUCAUAGCCGUGCAAGCAGCGUCGCGUCGGUGUGCCCGCUCGAACCACGUUUUUGUUGUGUGCGCGGGCGUUGCGUUGUCGGACCGCACGGAACCUUGGUGUGGGGCUACGCUCCUUCGGAUUACGCUGGGGGGUCGGCGACGCCGAGCGAUGGAUACGACAUUCUACGAAGACAUCCGCGGCGGCGGCAGCAGGCUGGCCGCGGGAUCGCAACACGCCCAGCCAACGACGCAACACCAACAACAGCAGCACCAUCCGCAGCAACAACAGCCACAGCUGGUGCGGAGAGACGACCUAAGUUCGCGUAAGCGUAGCAUGACCCUGGACUUGAACAGUGCGGGUCGGCCCGAACGAAAAGCUGCGCGCUUGUCGAGCCUGCUCACGUCGCCCGACCUGAACAUGCUCCAGCUGGCGUCGCCGGAGCUGGAGCGGCUCAUCAUCGCGCACAACGGACUCGUGACCACGACGCCCACGCCGACGACGCAGUACCUGUUCACGAAGACUGCCACCGAGGAGCAGGAGCAGUACGCGCGGGGUUUCGUCGACGCGUUAGCCCAACUGCACCAGACGGCCGGCGGGCCGUCCGAGACCGCACUGUCCGCGGCCGAAGCUUCCGACUCGGGCGCCUCAACCUCAAGUGACAGCUUCAUCUUACCCUCGUCGUCGGAGCACUCUCUGGGCGGCGGCGAUGGGCACGUGAAGGACGAGCCCCAGACGGUGCCCAACCUGGGCGCCACGCCGCCGCUGUCGCCCAUCGACAUGCGCGACCAGGAGAGGAUCAAGCUGGAACGUAAGAGGCUGAGGAACCGCAUCGCCGCCAGCAAGUGUCGCAAACGAAAGCUGGAGCGAAUCUCGAGGCUCGAGGACAAGGUGCACGCGCUCAAGACCGAGAACUCAGAGCUCGGCUCGGUGGUGUCGUCGCUGAGGGAUCAGGUGUGUCGGCUCAAGCAAGAAGUCAUGAUGCACGUCAAGCAGGGCUGUCAGAUCAUGAUGUCCACGGCGUACGGUGCAACGACGGCGUGAACGCGCUCGCCUCCAAAGUGACCUUAACUGUUGCUGCUGCUUUCGCCGUCGCCACUGUUUGUUGUUGUGCCAUUUGCAGACCAUCGAAAGAACUGUACCAUAGACUCAUCGUCGCUCACCUCUAUGCAACAUCACAUGUCGUCUAGUUCUUGUAUAAAGUUUUUGCGUACUUAAAUUAUGUUCUUUUAAGCUGCUCCCCCGAAGUUGGGGGGGGGGGAGUUGGCAAAAGCGGUGCCGUAUUGCUCAUUAAAUUGUUCGGUGUGGCCCCGAAAAGAAAAA